GGCCACGCCCCCUCGGGAGGUGGGUGUCCGCCGCGUAUCGAGGCCGCUCUUGUCGCUGAGUGAGGGAAGGAGGGAAGGAGAGAUUCCGAAAGAGAGAGAGAGAGAGACAGGGAGUGUGUGAGAGGAGAGCCGACACCAUGUGCGGAAUCUUUGCAUACCUGAAUUACCAUGUACCCAGGACCAGGAGGGAGAUUCUGGAAACGCUCAUCAAGGGACUUCAGCGUCUCGAAUACAGAGGAUAUGAUUCUGCUGGUGUUGGAAUUGAUGGUGGAAAUGAGAAGAACUGGGAGAAAAAUGCACGUCAGAUCCACCUGAUCAAGAAGAGUGGCAAGGUCAAAGCCCUGGAGGAUGAAAUUGAAAAGCAAGAUUCCAUUGAUUUUGACAUUGAUUUUGAAGUGCAUCUUGGCAUUGCGCACACACGAUGGGCAACUCACGGUGUUCCGAGCUCAGUCAACAGUCAUCCACAAAGGUCUGACAAGAACAAUGAGUUUGUUGUCAUCCACAAUGGCAUCAUUACAAACUACAAGGACCUGAAGAAAUUCCUGGAAAGUAAAGGUUACGAAUUUGAAUCCGACACUGACACAGAAUCUAUUGCAAAGCUGGUCAAAUACAUGUAUGACAACCGUGAGAGUGACGACAUCAGCUUUGCCACCCUCGUGGAGAGGGUCAUUCAGCAACUGGAAGGUGCAUUUGCUCUGGUCUUGAAGAGUAUCCAUUAUCCAGGUGAAGCAGUUGGUACUAGACGGGGAGGCCCUCUCCUGAUAGGCGUGCGAAGUGAGCAUAGAUUAUCCACUGACCACAUCCCUGUGCUAUACCGAUCAGCUGAUUUUAAGAAGGAUGGACUAUCAAUGGAAUCAGAAAACAAAAGUUUAGGUAAGGACAAGAAGGGAAACUGCAGCCUUCCUCGUACUGACAGCACCACCUGCUUGUUCCCAGUAGAGGAGAAAGCCGUUGAGUACUACUUUGCAUCAGAUGCCAGCGCUGUGAUUGAGCACACUAACCGAGUGAUCUUUCUGGAGGAUGAUGAUGUGGCAGCCGUGGUAGACGGACACCUCUCUAUCCACAGGAUUAAGCGCAGAGCCGGCGAUCACCCAGCCCGUGCCAUCCAGACUCUGCAGCUGGAGCUGCAGCAAAUCAUGAAAGGCAAUUUCAGCUCCUUUAUGCAGAAGGAAAUCUUUGAGCAACCCGAGUCUGUUCUGAACACCAUGAGAGGAAGAGUCAAUUUUGACGACUAUACAGUGAUUCUCGGUGGUUUACAGGAUCAUAUCAAGGAGAUUCUGAGGUGCCGACGUUUAAUCCUCAUCGCUUGUGGGACAAGUUUUCAUGCUGGUGUUGCUACUCGACAGGUGCUGGAAGAGCUUACAGAACUACCCGUCAUGGUUGAACUUGCCAGUGAUUUUUUGGACCGAAACACCCCAGUCUUCAGAGAUGAUGUCUGCUUCUUCCUCAGCCAGUCAGGGGAAACAGCUGACACUCUGAUGGCGCUGAGGUACUGCAAGGAGAGGGGGGCCCUGACUGUGGGCAUUACAAACACAGUUGGUAGUUCCAUCUCUCGUGAAACAGACUGCGGUGUCCACAUCAAUGCAGGACCAGAAAUUGGAGUUGCCAGCACAAAGGCAUACACCAGCCAGUUUGUUUCUCUCGUGAUGUUUGCACUCCUGAUGUGUGAAGAUAGAAUUUCCAUGCAGGAGAGGCGAAAGGAAAUAAUACGAGGUUUGAAGGCAUUACCAGACCUCAUUAAAGAAAUCUUAACUCUGGAUGAAGAGAUACAGAAUUUGGCAAGAGAACUGUACCAACAGAAAUCAGUUCUCAUCAUGGGCCGUGGUUAUCACUAUGCCACUUGCCUGGAGGGGGCGCUGAAAAUCAAAGAGAUCACGUACAUGCAUUCUGAGGGUAUCCUGGCCGGUGAGCUGAAACACGGUCCCCUGGCCCUGGUCGACAAGCUGAUGCCAGUUAUCAUGGUGAUCAUGAGGGACCACACAUAUACCAAGUGCCAAAACGCUCUGCAGCAAGUGGUCGCACGGCAGGGCCGUCCGGUAGUGAUUUGUGACAGGGAUGAUUACGAGACUAUCAAGAGUGUAAACCGGGUAAUUAAAGUGCCUCACAGUGUGGACUGCCUGCAGGGGAUCCUCAGUGUCAUCCCACUCCAGCUUCUUUCCUUCCACCUGGCUGUUCUACGAGGAUUUGAUGUUGACUGCCCCCGAAACCUGGCUAAAUCAGUGACCGUGGAGUGACAUGACGUACAGAAUCCACAGGAAAGACAGAGGGCCAAUGUUUAUUUUUUAACCUGAAAAAUCUUAACUUUUUUUAUAUUUUAGAAAGUUUGUAAACCCACUGGGAUAGUCUUUGUAUUUUACUUUUUAGAGUAGUGCAACUUAUAUGGGGCAGUUCUACACAUGUGCACCUGUGCAGUUCUGAAUCAUUAGAAAAGGAAAUAGAAGGCAAGAUCGCUCCGCGGUGGGCUGUUACCUUAAUUUUUUUGUUUUUGGUUUUGUCUAUGUUCAGUGUUUCUUCUGUAUAGGUUGAAUCUCAAAGCAGGGUUUCAGCUGUUUCUCCCCAUUUCCAUUCCAAAUCAUGUUAAUUUUGGCAUAGAGAAGGAAUAAAGGCUCGUGAGCAUAGUGCACUGAUCUCUCUGUUAGUAAUAUCAGUCACUUUUUUUUUGGACCAAUAAAUGACUGAUCAAGUCUGUGAUUUGGGAACACUGUAAUCUGGAGUGGAGCGAAAGGGGUUCUGCUGGCAUGACAGAAACCGUACCCUGUGCCCGUUUUUGAGCGGAAAUAUAACACAGAAAGAGAGCCGGAAACUAGAUUUUGCGAUUUGUUGUGUUGAAAGUUACACCACAUGGGCAAGAGCUGGAGGAGGCACACCAGUUACUUCACCCACAGGAUAUGUUGCUACACUCUGUUUCCAAAAGUCUGAAAGUUCUAACUUGUUUCACUCUCACCUGCUGUCAGGCAUGCCGCCCUCCUGCAAUCUGUGCUCCGAUUUAACAAACAAAAUUCAUGUUCAAAGCAUCAAAUUUCUUUUUUCGCCUGGUCAGAUCAUGUGAUGUGUCCAUGGUUAUUGGCUUAUUGUGAGCAGUUGUUGGGAGUUGACUCAGUAAUUCUCAUUGUAAAUAGCAAAUUCACGAUACUGUAAAAUGACUCCUGAAACAGUGCAAGUCAGAGAUUGCUGAGUUUCCUGUAAUUAAUCCAAAUCUGUUUCAGUAGGAAUGGCAUUAGCAGUUGAUGAAGAACAAAAGCAGCUCACUUAAGUUGCACUUUAUCUUCACAUUCCUCCACUCCACCCCAAAAUAUCUUCACUUCCAAAAUGGGGAAAGAAACACGAAACCUCUUAAAACUGACAAAUGAUAGUUUGAACGUGAGCUGAAGCCCUGCUGUAUGUAUGAUUUGUUAUUUAUGUUGGCUUAAUACUUUAUACUGUGACUUUUAGUUUCCUUGGUCCUUGCAUGAUGUUGAAGGUUGUGGCACAAAAGGAUAUCCAUGGAUUUCCUUUCGAAAUGUGAAUCAGAAAAGCAAAAUCAAAAUACAAGAAAUUAGAUGAAAAAAAAUCCUUGAAAAUCAUUUCACAGAAGAAGGUGACUUUGCUCAUUCGAGGAUACUGCUCCUUAACUCCUGACGAAAGCAGCAGGUGAAUGUGAACUGGCGAGUUGGUAUUAGUCAUGGGCAGGCAUGUCACUGUCUGGCACGAACAGUAUCAAAGCAGUAUGCAUGUGGUGCAUGAAGAAGUAGAAUUUCAGCCUUCUCAGCAUAAAUUAAUUGGACAUGCUGCAGUCUGCAGGAGAGUAACACUCCUGCCUUCCCGUGGAUCCUGUCACUCCACACGAGUGUAAAACUCCAAAUGUGGACAAAUUGAAGGAAAACUUGCAUGCAGUCAUGAAGGCUGUUCCUUUCUGCAAAUAUUUAGAUGCACUGAGUCGCACUACAUAAGGUCUUUCAACUGCUGAGUUGUAAAUCAGUUUAAGACCUACUUUUGCUAACUAUGCAGCACAUCUAAACAGAGAGUGGUGGAACUGGUCUGGAACACCACAGAGUGUUUUUAUCCUGUCUGCGUUCAGAAAAUUUGAACAAAAUUGUCAGAUAUCGAAGGUUUUUUCUCUACGCCUUAUCACCCCCCUCCCCAACUCCACCCUGUACCUUGAUGUAGCUGUCUGCCAAGGUUUUUAUUCAUCUCGUGUUAAGAUUGAAAGUUGAUUCCAGCUUCAUUGUAAUGCAAUGUAUCUGGAAGUAUACUCUUAGAGAAUUUUAAUAACUGGAGUAUUUAAAGAUGAAAUAAAUUUUGCUGAGCUCGCCAAUGUCGAGUGUUGCUGUUAAACCUAACUGUGCACAUAAUUGAGUUUGUCAGCUUCUCUCUCGCCACAUUUAAUGCUUUCCAGCAGCUAACUAGAAGCACUCUGGGGAAUGACACACCUUCAAGAGCUCUCAACCCAGUGAAUUUCUACUCCAUUUCUGAAUAAUGCAGGCAUAGUGGAGCCCAGUCAAGGGGCAAAACUCCACAAUGUCUCACAGAAAGGUUCAAGAUGAGUACCAUUCGGAGCAGCAAGACACUGUGUGCCUGUCGAAGCUAUCCCCAGCUAAUGCUAAAGACAAUGAAGAUCAGCUGGCGCUGGUAAGUUCGAUAGGCUUCCCUUUUGAAAUGUCACUGAAGGGCAUGAUUGGAACUUGCAUACGAUAUAGGAGCAGAAUGACACCAUUUGCCCCAUCAAGUUUGCUGUGGCAUUUGAUCAUGGCUGAUAUGAUUCUCAAACUCUUUCUUCUGCCUUCUCCCUGUGACCCUUGAUCCAUUUACCAAUCAGGAAUCUAUCUAUCUCUGUCUUAAAUAAACUCAGUGACUUGACCUCUAUCGCCCUCUGUGGCAUUGAGUUACACAGAUUCACCACCUUCUGGCUGAAGAUAUUUCUCGUCAUCUCACUUCUAAAGAGGCGUUCCUUCACUCUGAGGCUGUGCCCUCAUGUCCUAGUGUUUCCUACUACUGGAAACAUCUUUUCCGCGUCCAUCCAUUCCAGGCCCCUCAGCAUUCUAUAAAUUUCAGUGUGAUCUCCCUCAUCCUUCCAAACUCCAUCCAGUGCUGACCCAGAGACCUCAACCGCUUGUCAUAUGGCAAGCCCUUCUUCCCUGGGAUCAUUCUUACAAAUCUCCCCUGGACACUCUCAAAGGCCAGCAUAUCCUUCCUUAGAUAUGCAUCCCAAAACUGCUUCCUGUAUUCCAGAUGUGGUAUGACCAGAGCCUUAUACAGCCUCAACAGUUCAUGCCUGUUCUUACAUCUAACCCUGUCAAAACGUAUGGGAGCAUUAGAUUUGCCUUCUUAAUUGCCACCUAAACCAGCACAUUAACCUUAAGAGAACCCUGAAAUAGGACUCCCAAGUCCUUUUGUGCUUCAGAUUUCCAAAGCUUUUCUCUGUUUAGAAAACAGCCUGUGCUACUAUUCUUCCCACCCAAGUGCAUAAUGUAACACUUUCCACAUUGUUUUCCAUCUGCCACUUAAUUGCAUACUCUCCUAACCUGUUGAAUUCCUUCUGCAGCCUCCUGCCUCCUCAACACUACCUUCCAUCUCUCUUUGUGUCAUCUGCAAACUGAGCAACAAUGCUCUCAGUUCCUUUGUAAGAUCGUUCAUAAAUGACGUGAGCUUUCUCCAUAGGAAAAGAUGAGUGAUUAAACCAAUAGAAUAAUACAUGUGUUGCAAUCUGGGAACAAGACCAAAAACAUUUCAAAUACUCAGCAUUGCUGAGCUUCUGUGAUCACAAGUCAUCAACCUGUACCACCAGUGCCAUUUAGUACUUUAAAAGCUGUGAGACCUGCUGAGCAUUUCCAGUAUCUUCUGUUCCAGUUGGAACAAAACAUAAGCUGUACCGUUUCUGGUGUUCCUCUUCCUAUAAGUUGGUCCCUUUGGGUCAGACAAGAUUUUGGACAUUGCCUUUCUGUGUUCAAGUUAAAAUGUGGGUGCAAGCUUUAGGGACAGGCCAGUACCUGCAUGACUGUCCUAGUGGUAAAGGGCUUCGCAUCAGCUCCAGGGAGUUAGCAAAUUGCUGAAUCACACUGAAUGCUACAAUUCGUCACUCUUGAAUUGCUGCAUUCGUUCCCAGACUGCCUCCUGCUGUACAGUAGUGGAGUCAGGCCACUGUGGUGUCCAGUCCAAGUGUAUUUUUGAGGUUUGCUGUGAGGUGUAAUGUCACCGGAAACUGGACUUCAGUUUAAUGACUGUCGGAAUGAUGGAGAAUUGCAUCAUGUGAUGUUUGGGCUUGAGGGAAGAGUGGAGUGAGCUGUAACUUUCUGUGACAGCAAUGUGCCGAAAUGUUGCAGAAAACAUAAGGAAUAUCUUGAACAGCCCAGCAGUUUAGGGAUGAAAUUUUAUUUCUGUUCCUGUUGUUCGAAAUAUUUUUCUCUCAAUGGAGUAACUUGAUGCAAAAACACUAAGUGAGUGCAAUUAUUUGGCGUUGUGCGUGAUGUGUAUCCAAAAGCACUUUUGGACAGGGGUAGCCAUUUUCAGCAAUCAUUUGUGAAGGUGUUGAAUCUUCCUGGGCUGGGCUUUGGACUCCUAACACUGAAUGUUUCACAUCACUGCUCAUUUCCCUAUGUCACUGGGAAGACUGCUGCUUGUACUCUUAGGCAGAAGUUAUACUCCCACCUGGCAUGGCCGAGAAAGUCUGAAAUCGAGCAGUCUUCAGGCUACAGCACCAUCCUGAAUAUGUUGCAGCACUGCCCAUUUAAGCUGCUGCAGCAAUUCUGCAUUGUGUACUAGGUUGGUUGAGCUUCGCGCAACCCUGUCAGAAAGUGCACUGGCUGGUCUUGUGGCCAUCUGAAACAGUCAGGCUUGCUUUUAAUGGUGCCUUCUGCUUGUGGAACCAGCCACUACAGUGAUGUUCGAGAUUCGCUCACUCCUCAACCCCAACCCCACCCUGCAAUGUCUGUUGGUGAAGUGCAAAAUGCAUAAAGACUGAAAGCAUGAAAGGACAAUGAAACUCUGACCACAAUUGGCAGAGUGAGCCAUUGCUUCAGAAAAACACUCACUCAGCUUCAUGAAUCGACAGCUCUGAAGAUUUGCAAUGCGUGUGCACACACAAAAAAAGAGAAAUCAUCAAAAAGCCUUUUGUCAGCUCAGUUUGCACAGCAGUUAGUUCAACUUACUGAGUGAGACAAAGUCCCACUUUGCAAUGUACAGUCGCCAAGAAACCCACGCAAACAGGCCAAAAACAUUAUCCCAGGUGGAUUGUGGUUGUAGAGUGACUUUGAUAAUCCCAUUCCUAUUUUCAGACAUUUCUGCCUCCGCAACAUUAAUAGGAAGAAACCAGAGGAAAUGUUUCUUGUGCACAGAGAGCGAGGCUGAUUGCUCCUCUUGUACUUUGCUGGUCCAAUGGAUACUGGCAAAGCAGUUCUCUCUGUUUCUAAAUGUGGCAUUUCCUGCACCAACAGUGAGUUGUGGAUCGAUUCAGGUCCUGAAAGUGAGGACUGUGGGGAUUUUCUGUAAAAUCUGCUGCUCUAUGUGUGCAGCUUGUGUGGCAGGUGCACGGAUGUCUGCCUGUUGCUGCAGCAUUGGUGGUUCAUGUAUUUCACCACCAAGUCCACUUUGCAACACUUAGGAAUGCAACAUAGCUGAUUGCCUUUGAUGUGUAAAUGAGGUGAAUGUAAAAGCAACAGCCUCUCCAUUUUCCAGAUCCCUGUGGGGAAACAUGCUGGAUGAGCACAUAUUGGUUUCGUGACUCCAGUCCACAUCUUGCAAUCGGUAUCCUGUUCAGACUGAUGAGAUAAAGCAAUGCAACAACAUGUGCACAGUUUUUGACUUGUAAGUUACAUAGGCCAUUCUGCUGCUGUGGUGGGGGUUGAGGGGAUAGUCACCGAAUGGGUUGAUAUUUGUCUGUACAGCAUUUUCAUGUCGAUGACUGUUAAAUGUUCUUUACAUGGAUUUUGAAAUGGGAUGGUAGCUAAUUGUGUUAUGUGUUGAGGAUGAUUGCAAAAAUGUAUACAAUGUUCAUUCCUUGCUCUUUACAUUGCGCAUUGAAAAAAGACUUGAAAUCAUCAGCACAAAUACAGCCAUUGCACACAAUACAGAUUUCCAUCAGGAACACUAAACUGGCAUGCACGAGAGACCACUUGGUGUGAUGAACAGUGAUGCCAGUGUACUUGGAGGUGCAAUUCUCAGCUCGGGCCUGUAGAGACAGAAUAGAAGGAGCUUUUCUCUGCAUAUGGUUGUGCUGUAACUCACCUGUGAACAUUUGACACUGGGUGCCUGGAUUAGAAUGUGCACUGCUCAGCACUAUGAGCAUUCCUCACCCUGAUGAGCUGAAAAUGUUACAUGAAGUCAUCUCAUUAAACUCCUGUGGCGGCGGCUUCAACUGUGACCUGGACCGGACUGAAGAAGAUGUUCGGCUAACUGAAAUGUCUGUUGUGAAAUUGCUGCACAGUGCAUUGACUGGAAUAAAAUCUAUUAAUUGUGCUGUGAA